AUGCGUCGCUUCUCCACGCGUGCAUUGCUUCACGCAAAGCCACCGCUUCCCUCCGCCAAAUCUCCCCUCCUCCCCCUCCUCUCCGCCCCUCGUUCUGCUUCUGCGCUAGCUCCGAGACCAACUCGCCGUGCCCGAUCGCCCCUCUCCCAGACUUCCAAGCGUUAUUGCUCCUAUCGCAGAAUGUGCAGCUCUCGCCGCGGCGAGGUCUCUGGCUCGACCAAUGUCCAAGGCCGUGAGGUCCUGCCCACCAAUGUCAAGCCGGUGCACUAUGACCUCACUCUUGAGCCGAACUUUGAGAAGUUCACCUACGAGGGAACUGUCUUGAUUGAUCUCCACGUCAACGAGGACACCGACUUCGUUUCCCUCAACUCCAACGAGAUCGAAAUCCACAGCGCCGUCGUUUCUUCCAAAGGCUCGGUCGUCGAAUCCAAGCCCGAAAUAUCCCUCAAUAAGGAUGCCCAGACCGCCACCAUCAGGUUCAGCCAGGCUCUCGCUGCGGGGUCUGAUGCUCAGUUGAAGCUCGCCUUCACCGGUAUUCUGAAUGACAACAUGGCUGGCUUCUACCGCUCCUCGUACAAGGAGAAUGGCGAGACCAAGUAUAUUGCUUCCACCCAGAUGGAGCCUACCGAUGCUCGCCGGGCUUUCCCGUGCUUUGACGAGCCUGCCCUCAAGGCCAAGUUCACUGUUACCCUCGUUGCGGACAAGAGCAUGACCUGUCUGAGCAACAUGGACGUGGCAAGUGAGACUGAUGUGCAGGGAAGUGCGAAGAAGGCUGUCAAGUUCAACACCUCUCCUGAAAUGUCGACUUAUCUCGUUGCUUUUAUUGUCGGACACCUCAACUAUGUCGAGACCAAGAACUUCCGUGUCCCUAUUCGUGUCUAUGCCACCCCAGACCAGGAUAUCGAGCACGGUCGUUUCUCCCUGGAGCUUGCUGCUAAGACCUUGGCUUUCUACGAGAAGGCCUUUGACAGCGAAUUUCCGCUUCCGAAGAUGGACAUGGUGGCGGUGCCCGACUUCAGCGCGGGAGCCAUGGAGAACUGGGGUCUGAUCACCUACCGAAUUGUCGAUGUGCUGUUGGAUGAAAAGACUAGCGGUGCUUCGCGCAAGGAGCGUAUUGCCGAGACCGUCCAGCACGAGCUGGCUCACCAGUGGUUCGGUAACCUGGUGACCAUGGACUUCUGGGAUGGUCUGUGGCUCAACGAGGGUUUCGCGACCUGGAUGUCGUGGUACUCUUGCAACGUUUUCUACCCCGAGUGGAAGGUCUGGCAGACCUAUGUCAUCGACAACCUGCAGGGUGCCCUCUCUCUGGACUCUCUGCGCAGCAGUCACCCUAUCGAGGUGCCUGUCAAGCGUGCCGAUGAGAUCAACCAGAUCUUCGAUGCUAUCUCCUACUCCAAGGGUUCUUCCGUCCUACGGAUGAUCUCCAAGUACUUGGGCGAGGAUGUCUUCCUGCAGGGUGUCCGCAACUACAUUAAGAAGCACGCCUAUGGCAACACCGAGACUGGCGACCUGUGGUCUGCUCUUGCCGAUGCCAGUGGCAAGCCCGUCCAGUCCGUCAUGGAUAUCUGGACCAAGAACGUCGGUUUCCCCGUUAUUGGUGUCACAGAGAACCCCGCUUCCUCGUCCAUUACCUUGAAGCAGAACCGUUUCCUGCGCACUGGCGAUGUGAAGCCCGAGGAGGACAAGGUCCUCUACCCUUGCAUGCUGGGUCUGCGCACCAAGGAUGGUAUCAACGAGGAUACCAUGCUGACCGAGCGUGAGGCAGAGUUCAAGGUUCCCGACCUGGACUUCUUCAAGCUCAACGCUGACCACUCCGGUAUCUACCGUACCUCCUACACCCCCGAGCGCCUCACCAAGCUCGGUAACGCCGCUCGUGAGGGUCUUCUUACCGUCGAGGACCGUGCUGGUAUGAUCGCUGAUUCCGGUGCCCUGGCUGCCUCUGGUUACCAGAAGACCUCGGGCAUGCUCUCGCUGCUCCAGGGUCUAGACACCGAGUCCGAGUUCGUCGUCUGGAACGAGAUUCUCACCCGUAUUGGUACCCUCCGCGCGGCUUGGAUGUUCGAGGACAGUAAGACCAAGGAUGCCCUGAAGGCCUUCCAGCGCUCGCUUGUCUCCUCCAAGGCCCACGAGCUGGGCUGGGAGUUCUCGGAGAAGGAUGACCACAUCCUUCAGCAGUUCAAGGCUCUCAUGUUCGGCUCCGCCGGUAUGGCCGAGGACCCCGUUGUCAUCAAGGCUGCCCAGGAUAUGUUCGCUCGCUUCGCUGCUGGCGACAUAUCCGCCAUCCACCCCAACAUCCGCGGUAGCGUCUUUACUAUCGUGUUGAAGCACGGCGGUGUCAAGGAGUACGAAGUUGUCCUGGACCGCUUUCGCCACGCCCCGACCUCUGAUGAGAAGACCACCGCCCUGCGCUGCCUGGGAUCCGCCCAAGAUCCCGCUCUGAUCAAGCGCACUCUGGAUCUGGCUAUGGGCGACGAGGUCAAGAACCAGGACAUCUACAUGCCCCUGGGUGGCCUCCGUAACCAUGAGGCUGGCAUUGAGGCCCGCUGGGCCUGGCUCAAGGAGAACUGGGAUGCAAUUUACAAACGUCUCCCGCCUUCCCUCGGUAUGCUGGGUACCGUUGUGCAGCUCACUACUUCCAGUUUCUGCACUGAGGCUCAGCUGAAGGACGUCAAUUCGUUCUUUGACUCUAAGGACACCAAGGGCUAUGACCGCGCCGUCGAGCAAAGCCUCGACGCUAUCCGUGCUAAGGUCAACUGGAUCAACCGCGACCGCGACGACGUCGAGGCCUGGCUGAGCAAGAACAGCUACCUCCAGAGCAAGCUGUAG